AUGGUGGUCAUUAAUCCAAUCAUGGCCGCUGGCGGCUACGACAAUGAUCGCAGAGUCGGUACAGGACGUGUCCUUCCUACCAAGUUCAAUCCUCCCUAUCCUGACGAUACACCACAAUCCCUUUUCCCACCUGGCAUCAAAGUCGACUGUGUGCCGCAGGUCCAUCGCUUCAUUGGACGAAACAACCCCCGCGAGCUUCUCAUCUACACCAAUGGCACCUGUGUGGAGAACGGCGGAGCCGUCCCCAGAGGGGGCUGUGGCGAGCCCAGAGGUGGUUGUGGUGUUGUCUACCGGUCUCCCGUGGACCUUCCGGAAGGCAAACUCAAUCACUUCAAGAUCCCUCUCGAAAUCAAAGGACCCAGCGGCCGAAGACAUCCUCACACAAGUGAGCGAGCUGAAUUGCGGGCCGUAAUUGCAGCCCUCCGAUUCCGCUGCUGGACCGGAGAAGGGUUCAACAAACUGGUGAUCGCGACUGAUUCCGAGUACGUGGUGGAGGGAGCAACAUGUUGGGUCCAGGGAUGGAUCCAGAGGGGCUGGAAGACAAGAACAGGGAAUCCUGUUAGUAAUCGGGACCUGUGGGAGUGUCUGCUGGGUGAGUUGGAGCGGUGGUAUGAUCAUGGUAUGGACAUCCAAUUCUGGCAGAUCCCGAAAGAAUGGAAUACCGAGGCGGCUCGCCUUGCUGAACAGGCCGCGUUGGAGACCCCAGCAAGAGCGUUUGGCGAUGUUUCCGGAUACAUGGUCUAA